UUAGAGGACAACGGCACCUUUGAGUUUGGCAGAAGCGUGAAGAUGUCUGGUAAUCCAGACCAUAGCAAGGAUGAGGAGGAGAAUCACGGGCUGGAGGUCACGGUUGUGGAGACUAACCGUUUUGGCUUCAUUCUAGGGAAUGGAGAAACUGACAGUGAUGGUCCAUGUCCAGAGUUAGUGAGACAUCGAGAGUCCAAGUGGCUCAGCCUCAUGACUCAAUGGGAGCAAGUGGUGGAGAAAAAGAGCAACAAGGUCAAAGGUCAGUGUCAGAAGGGCAUCCCAGCAUCCCUCAGGGCAAAGGGCUGGCCGCUGCUCUGUGGAGCUAAGGAUAGAAAAGAAAAAAAUCAAGAAUUAAAAACUUACGAACGUUUAGUUGAAGCUCCGGAUCAUCAGGGAUGGACUGAUAUCAUUAAACGAGACACAGACAGACAGUUUCCCUUCCAUGAGAUGUUCCAGUCCAAAGACGGUCAUGGUCAGAAGGACUUGCUGGAGGUCCUGAAAGCGUACACACAGUAUCGUCCAGACGAGGGCUACUGUCAGGCACAGGGUCCAGUGGCUGCUGUCCUUCUGAUGAACAUGCCUGCUGAGGAGGCGUUCUGGUGUCUGGUGCAGAUUAGUGAGCUCUAUCUCCCUGGAUACUACAGCCCUCUGCUGGAAGGUGUAUUAUUCGAUGCUGCUGUUCUCUCAAGUGUGUUAAAAAAGCUGUGUCCAGCCGCACACAAACACCUACAGAAUCAGGGGGUGGAGCCUCUCAUGUUUGCCACUGAUUGGCUGAUGUGCCUGUACAGCCGUCACCUGCCUUUUGACACUCUGCUUAGAGUCUGGGAUCUCUUUUUCUGCUAUGGUGUGCGCAUUUUGUUUCAGGUCGCUGUGGUGCUGGUGCGGCGAUGUCUGGGAGAUGGACGGCUGCGAAAAGAGUGUGACGGACAGAUGGAAACCUUGGAGCGGCUGCGAGGUGUUAAACAGCGUGUCCAACAUGAGCAGGCAGAUGCUUUUAUCCACGAGGUAUGUUCGGUGUCCCUGUCCUUGGCGGACCUGCAAAAACAAACCGAGAAAGAGCUGGAGAAGUGGAAAAAAGACAAACCAAACUCAACCUUUGACCCGCGAGGGCGCUGUCACGGAUACCGGAUGGUUUGGGAGAGAGCGCAGGAUAAACCAAAGGAACAAGAAAAGAAGGAGCGACCGAAAGGAAGCCUGACUCUUCCUCUCAUGCGCUCACAUUCUUCUCUCUCUCCUUCGCUUCUGCACAAGAAAUGGAGGAAGAGGAGCAGUAAGACUGACACGGAGGAGUGGGAUGGAGGGGGAAGAAAAUUCUCAAGGAGUUUGAUGGAGGAGAGCGACGAUGAAGAGGUGAGGAGGAGGAGUGUGUGCGGUAUUGUUGGGGAGCAAAGGGCUAAACGGGACAGGCUGGCAGAUGAGUUCUGCGCACACAAAGAUCACAACACACAUCCAGAGAUCUCAGUGGUGGUGUCCUCUAGCAUGGACUGUGAUGUUUUUGAGAAAGAGCCUACGGAAACUUUGAACCAACAGAAGGAGACAGAAACAGCACGAAGUCAUGAGGAAGAAAGAACCGCUGAUGUGGUUGUGUUUGUGGUUGAGGACAGCAUACAAACACAUCAUCAUAUGCAGAACACAAAUCAAGAUGCACAGAGUACAGACGCACCAACAAAUCAAAAUGAACAGAAUACAGACAAACAGACGUGUCGAGAUGAACAGAUCGUGGAGGAGGAGACUGAGGGAACUUCAGAAGCGUGUGAAGAAAGCACACCUGCUGAAACAUCACAGGAAGACAACAUACAGACUGACUCUAGUAAACAGGAAGAGGAAAUACAAUCAGACAGCAACAUCCAGGAACACUGCAAACAAGAAGAACAAACAGAAGAAAGGUUGCCAAGCACCAUAAUAACUGGGGAAAAUACUAUAGAGACAGUGGUACAGAUACAUGUUGUCCUAGAGGAAGAGGGGUCUCAAACAUCUAGUGAUGAAGAACCUGUACAUUCGGAAAGUCAGAGAGAUUUGUUCGUAAGCACAGCUAUAGAGAAAAAUGAGGAGACUGAGCUUAUUGGUGAAAACCAUACUGAUGCAGACAAGGAGGAAGGGAUUCAUCUUGAUGUUCUCCCUGAGGAGACCACAGAGAUAUCAGACCCUUCAGGGUUGUGUGAGGAGAAAGAUGACAAGAUAUUGGAGGACGACAGGCAAGAUAUAAGCUUAGACGAGAGCGACAGUCACGGUCAUAGCAGUGGUAAAGAGACAUUGCCACCACCUGAAAUAGUGCUAACCUCAUCCUCUUUAAAGACUGAACAAGAAAGUGAAACUGAGCAUCCGGAUAUACCAGCAGAUCCCAAACAGGAAUUCCAAGAGCAAAGUGACACUGAUGCUACUGUUACUUCUACAGAGUUGGAGCACUGUCCAGUAGAAUCCACUGUGGGAGAUGCAGAAGGAUCUGGCAACCCAGAACAGAGUGAAGUGGAUUCUGCUGAUGGCACCAUCAUUACUGCACCUCAAGAGGUGGAUGCAACAGUAAUACUGACACAAGAUGCUGAGACAUGUUGUGACAAAGAAAUCAGUGAGAUCAAUCCCAUAAAUAGUGAAUUUGAAAAUAUAGUAUGUUGUGAAGUCAGUGCUACUGACAAAUCACACAGUGUAGAGGAUGAUACUUGUAGAUCUGCCCAUACAGAAAGCAAUGAAAUGGAAAACCCUGAAUGCAACACAAUAGAUAUCACUGUUAAAUCUGGGAAAUUAGAAAGCAGUGGUGUGGAAAUUGCUGGAUCUGGCAACCCAGAGAGCAACGAGGUCCCUGUUACAAGUGAAUCUGAGGUCCCUGUUACAAGUGAAUCUGAGGUCCCUGUUACAAGUGAAUCUGGCGACCCUGAAUGCAGUGUCACGGAUGUUACAUCUGAAACUGAAAAACUAGAAAGCAGUGGCGUGGAUAUUGCUGUUGAUAAACCAGAAUGUAAUGAUGUGCAAGUUACAAGUGGAUCUGUCAACACAGAAAGCAACAUUGUAGAUAUUGCUGUUGGAUGUGACAAUUCAGAAAGCAAUGUAGUUUGUUCUCCUGUUGAAACCCCAGAAUGUAAUGACGUGCAAGUUACAACUGGAUCUGGCAACACAGAGAGCAAUGUAGUCGAUUCUGCUGUUGGAUCUCGCAAGCCAGAUCCCAAAGAAGUGCGUGUCACAACUGAACCUGACAACUCAGAGACCAACAGCGAACAUGUGACCACUGGAUCUGGCAACACAGAAUGCAACGAAGUGCCUUCUACAAGUAAAUCUGGCAAACCUGAGAACAAUAUAGCAGAUUCGGGUGAUGACAAAGAUCACGUCACAACCAAAUCUGACAACUCAGAGACCACCAGAGAGCAUGUGGCCAGUGCAUCUAGCAACCCAGAAUGCAAUGAAGUGCCUUCUACAAGUGAAUCGAGCAAACCUGAGAACAGCAUAACAGAUUCAGGUGUUGGAUCUGGCAACCCAGAUGACAAAGAGCAUAUCACAACAAAAUCUGACAACUCGGAGACCACCAGAGAGCAUGUGGCCAGUGGAUCUGGCAACCCAGAAUGCAACAAAGUGCCUUCUACAAGUGAAUCUGGCAAGCCUGACAACAAUAUAGUGGAUUCUACUGUUGGAUCUGGCAACCCAGACUGCAAAGAUCAUCCUACAACCGGAUCUGACAACUCGGAGACCAAAAGUGAGCAUGUAACUGCUGGAUCAGGCAACCCUGAGUGUAAAAAAGAGGAUUGUGCUGCUGGAUCUGGCAACCCUCAUAGUGAAUGUGCAAUACCAGGAAACAGCCAGGAGUUAGAGUCUUCAAAAUCUUCAAAAUCCCCAAAGCCAAACCUCCGCGUGCGCAGGAGUUCCAGCUCACGGGUUUCCUAUCCCACAAUCCUCUCUGAGGACACGUUCAAAGAGCCACAGCAGCAAGAACACACACAUUCAAAACAGACAACAUCCACAGCGACACAAGAAACACAAGCUCAGCCCAACUCGCAGACAAAGUCAGGCCCACCGAAACGUCUGGGUCUGUUUCGCCGUCUCCGCGGGGAGACCAAUAAAACCCCUGUCCCAAAAAUCCUCAUCCAGGACUUUAGUGAGAAAGAAGAGAGGCUGACAGCAAAAGAGAGGAGGAGGAGGAAGAGAGAGAAAGAGAGAAAAGAAAGAGAAGAGAAAGAGAGAAAGAAACGAGAGAAGGAAUUAGAAAAGGACAAAGAAAAGGAAAGGAAAAAGCCUCAAACGAGAGGAAAGAGCUUCCAGGUGCUCAGCAAGAAGGGUGCUGAUAAUGUCGUGUCACCCGAGAACAGUGACUCUCAGAAAACUCACACCAGAAGAAACUCUGCUCCUUUUUCUGAUGGUUAUUUUUAAAUAAUCAGAGACUCGAUCACAUAUUUGUAUUCCGCAGU